GGCAAACUGGCAACAAAUUUCUUUUUCAUUUCACUGUGGAAUGUCAGUAAAUGCAUUCACACUCUCAGUUGUUGUGUCGUGUUUGCCAUGAGUGCAUUGAGUUUUACACUCGUCUUUGCUUUUGUGUUGAGUAAAGACUCGACGUACUGAAUAAUAUAUAAUUGACAGCGCACUUAAGUAGUCGCACGUGAGCACGAAGUUUCUCGAGACUUUUAUAAUUACUUUUCGUGUUAAUUAACUAACCUCAGCCUUGUAAAUCAGUGUUUUGCAUCGAAGCUUCAUAACGUCUUCCUUCUCUCUCACUCACGCAUAAUACGAGACAAUGGCAAACACCUAUGGCACCGGGUACCCGUCACUAGCAGGUUACCAGGCACCUCCUGGUUAUCAACAGUAUGAAACUGACGAGUACAAGAGACAACCUGCCUAUGCACCACCACCGGCUCCCGAGGGAUACGUGCAACAUGUCAUGUAUCCACAGCCCGUGCUACCUCCACCACCACCACAGCCUCAGCCGAGGCCCAAUGUCGUUUUUGUGCACAACACCAGAUCUUCCGAAGGUUGCAUUUGCAUGUGCUGCAGAGCCAUUUUCAAGAUUAUCUGGACGAUCAUUGUUUUCCUACUCAUCGUUAUCUUGGUGAUUGUCGCGGUUGUGUUCAUCAAACAAUACCUUAUUAAAUGAUUAUUUCAUUCUGCGUUCGGUGCAACGGAAACAAUAGAGUUGUUGCAAACAGUGCGUAUUAUUAUUAUUAUUUUUUUUAUUUUCUUACUAUACUUAUUACCAUUUUUAGUUGAUUAUUAUUAUCCGAUGUUAUCAUUUAAAUACGAGCGUGAUUAAGAGUUUUACGUAUUAAUUAAUUAUUACAUAAAACUAUUAGAUUCGAGAUUCCAGUUUUUGUAAGUCAUAGUUUUUUCUGUACCUAUACUGAAUACUUCAUGUAUUAAAAACAGCCUUAUCUGUACGAAUAUACUCAUAUGCAAGUAUGAAUCAUUAAAUUUAUGAUAAAAGAA